AGCCUUGUGAUUGGCUACUGGACUGCGGGACAGUCAUUCAUUGGCUUUCACAGGCCUCGGCGCUUGCAUGCAGGUAUGUAGGCGAGAUGUGAGAGGCGGUGCGUAAACAGAGUGGGUGAAGAUGGCGUCGAACAAGAAGAGUGGUGGGAGUAGCAGAUUUGAGAAAGGUGUCAAUGGAAGACGCUUAUCCAAACACAAAGAGGGUCCAGUAGUGAUGGACACCAAGGCAGUGUUUGCGGCCCUGUACAACGUGUGCGAAGAGAAUGCCACCUUCUUCUCAGGAGGAGCUAAGGGUUCACAGGGUGAUGCGGCACGGCGGCUGGUAGAUACCAUGAAGCUGAUCAAGGAGCAUGCUCGCAGCCUGGAGCCCGUUAUCUCCGGCUUCGCUGCAGUUUACCAUCAUUAUGACUUUGACCCACACAUACCUGCCAAUGGCUAUCGCUCACUGGUCAAGGUAGUGCGCUGUUGCCUUCUCCACAUCAUCCAGAAGGGGCGCUACAUCACCGCCAACCGCCGCAGCAUCUUUUUUCGAGUGGCACACAAUGCGGGGGAGAUGGAGGCCUACUGCAACGCUCUGUGCCAGCUGCGCGCUCUGCUCUACCUGGCUCAACGCAUGCUACAUGACAACAGCUAUGGCAACCUUUUUUUCCAGGAUGAAAGUGGUCUCAGUGAAAGCUUUGUCCGCGAAUACUCAUCCAUGCACAAGGGGUGCUUCUAUGGCCGUUGCCUUGGCUUUCAGUUCAGUCCAGGCAUUCGGCCCUGUCUCCAGACCAUCGCUAUUGGCCUUGUGGCCUUUGGAGAAAACUACAAACGCCAUCAGUCAGGAAUAGUGGAGGCCGGAGGUGUUGCACCAUACGGUGUAGCAGCCAGCUCUUUCUUUACCUCAGGGAAGUACGCCAUUGACCCAGAGUUGAGAGGGUCUGAAUUUGAACGCAUCACCCAGAACCUGGACGUCCAUUUCUGGAAGGCCUUCUGGAACAUCACUGAGACCGAAGUCCUGUCGAGUCUCGCCAGUAUGACAUCCACUCAAGUUAAGGUGAACCGGACUCUUUCUGUUCCCGCCGUGCCCUUUGACCUUCCCCUGGCGGCCAACCACAGAGCAUCUGUAACUAUAGCUCCACCAUCAGCUCACAUCGGCACUGCUCCAGUUCAGAUGAGGCUCAUCUCCUAUGACUUACGUGAAGGACAGGACAGCGAAGCACUGCUGUCUCUUGCCCGCGCUGAGGGGGGCUCCAUCUCUUUGUCGCUGGGGCUGAAGACCAAGCGCCUCCCCUCAUCUCCCUGUCUCCUGAUCCACUUCCAUGGGGGAGGAUUUGUGGCCCAGACCUCCAAGUCCCAUGAGCCCUAUCUGAAGAGCUGGUCCCAGGACCUUGGUGUCCCCAUCCUGUCAGUGGACUACUCUCUGGCGCCUGAGGCCCCCUUCCCAAGGGCCCUGGAGGAGUGUUUCUACGCCUACUGCUGGGCUCUGAGAAACCACCACCUACUAGGCUGGACCGGAGAGAAAGUGUGUCUGGCUGGUGACAGUGCGGGAGGCAACUUGUCUGUGACGACAUCAAUGCGAGCUGCUGCCUUUGGUGUGCGAAUGCCAGAUGGCAUCGUGGCAGUCUACCCGGCUACCCUGCUGACCGCCUACGCAUCUCCCUCCCGUCUGCUAACACUUAUGGAUCCCCUGCUGCCGCUCAGUGUGCUCUCCAGGUGUCUCAGCGCCUACGCUGGUGCUGACCCGCAAACAGAGACACAGAUAGAGAAGGCGAGCACGAUGAGCCUGGUGAGGAGAGACACAGCUCUGCUGCUCAGAGAUUUCCGACAGGGAGCCUCCAACUGGAUCCACUCUCUGCUGGAUUCCAACAGAGCCUCAGCCUCCCCCAGUGCAGCUGCAGAGGUGCCACCAGGAGACACUGACACAGUGAGGAAGAGCAUUUCAGAGGCGACCAUCUCUUCUCGUCACGCAGACCCCCCUAUAGCCUCCGAGACCUCAGAGUUCCCCUCCAGGAAUCUAUCUGUUAAGAGCCAGACUUGCCAGGACUUGGGAUUCCACAACAAUUCCACUUCUCACAGUGCACCGUUGUUCAAUGAGUGCACUCCAGAAGAUGUGAAUUUCUUCCUCUCCAAGGAUGCGGAUCCCGCUGCGUCCAGCGACCUGUCCUCAGUGGCCUUACCACCCCCUGCUGUAGAGGAGGGAUUAGAGCUGGAGCACCCUGUGGAGUUCCCCUUGGGAUUUGAGCCACUGCGCUCAGAGAAGCCAUCUAAGAUGAGGUUGCACAGCUCUCCAGUGUUCAAGGAUCCCUUCUGCUCUCCUCUGCUGGCUCCUGAUAGCAUGCUGAAAGGGCUGCCACCUGUACACAUAGUGGCUUGUGCAUUAGACCCCAUGCUGGAUGACUCUGUGAUGUUUGCCAAGCGUUUGAGGAACAUAAACCAGCCUGUCACUCUGUGCGUGGUGGACGACCUCCCCCAUGGCUUCCUCAGCCUAUCGCAGCUCUGCAGCGACACGAAGGAGGCAGCCAACGUCUGCGUGGAGAGAAUUCGCGCCGUCUUCACCCAGAAGGACACGCCACCAGAGCCACGCAAGCACCGCAAGCUGGAAAGGACCGAUAGGGGUGUAUCGGCCUCUCCUGGGGAAGAUGGUUCUCUCUUCGUAGGCCCCAUAGAGAGAGGGGAGCUAGCUGUCAGGAGAGGGACUACGAUUGCUGAUGGGGAGGGCUUAGUUGCUGUGGCAGCCCAGAACAACACUGAUGCUGUUGGUAUUGGGCCUUAAAUAAGGUUAGAUAAAAAAGCAGUUUGCCCGACGAAUGAAGGGACAAAGAGUAAAUGAAAGUCAGACAAAUUUAGGCAGUGCAAUGCCUAAAAGGGAGAGAGAAAGCAACCUAAAAAACAGGAAGAGUGUGUGUGUGUGUGUGUGUGUGUGUGUGUGUGUGUGUGUGUGUGUGUGUGUGUGUGUGUGUGUGUGUGUGUGUGUGUGUGUGUGUGUGUGUGUGUGUGUGUGUGUGUGUGUGUGUGUUGUGUGUGUGUCUAGGUGAUUGCCCAGUUUUUGAGAGACAAAUAAAAUAGGAGCACUGAAAUACAACUUCCUCUGCUUUACAAUCACUUGCCCGUGCGCCAUCAUUCACCGAGGCAAAGCUGGCAGUCAAAACGAACAAACCCACAAAAGACUGUUUUAGAAUAAAAUGGUAAUUUACCAGAUACUUAGAUCAAAGACUAGCACUCACCCACACAUGCAGCACACAUACUUAACAGAGUUGCCAUUCGGUAGCGGAGGCUUGGACAUAAAGCAGCGCAGAAGAUACUUAAGACGAGGCCUGAAUGGGUGAUUCAUCUAGGCUAAGGCAGUCAUUUUAGGCACUAAUCAGAUAGUGGUAGGCACACUAUAUGCUCAGUAUAGAGUCAUCCCCAUCAAAAUGUCCACUUGUACUUUAGGAAGCCACUCUAAAUCACACUUAAUAACUCCACAUUGUGUUAUCUAUUAUGCCAGUUUGGCAGUCAAUACAGCUCACUUUGUGGAUAGUAACUCUGUUGACUCUCUCUCAAAUAGAAUUACAACACUUAAAGAGAACAGACUGAAAGACUCUAAACUGGAUGAAUUGAUUUACUUGAGAUAAUGUUGCAGUUUUAAUCAUAUCAUUAACCCUAUGCAGUACUUUUAUUAUUUAUAUCCUUUUUUAUUUUUAGAUUUUAAUCCUUGAAUCAUUACAGGUUUGUUGUUGAUACACCAUAUUGUUUGUUUAAUGUAAUCCUGUGCUGUUUAUUCAACAUUUUUGAAUGUGCUCAAUUAUUGCCUCUGCUUCUUUGGCACAACUGCUCCAACAUCCCUGGCCUUUCACAUUAAACUCCUCUCUGUAAUGCAUACUGAUAGGAUAGAAUACAUAUACAGCAUUACACAGGGACACAGUGCCCUAUCUAGAUGCUGCCUGGGGCUUUUUGUUGUGUCGAUAUUACUAAUGCAAAGAUUGCAUUUUAUUAAUUGCUACAUUAAAAUUUGUGGAGAUGCACUGAGAUGCAUUAUUUUCUGAAGACCAAGUACUUGCUUAAAUGUGUGGGUACCAGCUUUAUUAGUCUUUUAAGAACAGUCCUAGCAUUUAGAUGACUGAAAGGGGCUAAAUGUUCUAAUUGUCAUUAUUUCAAUACUUCAAUUGGUCAACAUUCUCCUUCUGCAGAACGAGAGUAAGAGAGAAAGGGGCAGCAAAAAGCCCUUAGCUAAACUCCACGGCACUGAUUCCCUCUCAGGUUGUCCCCGUUCCUCGCCAGGUGUUAUUGCUCACUACAUACUGUGCACAGUACACUACAUACUGUGCACAGUACACUACAUACUGUGCACAGUAUGUAGUGUACUUCUCUUGAGUCAGGGGACUUCCUGCCUGACAAUCUGUUUCUACAAAUCCAAGGCUUUUAGGCAAAACUAGAGGACCCUGACCAAGAAAAGAGAUUGUAAGAGUGCUGUGUGAAAGCCACCAAACUUGUAUUAUGUCAACUAAAAGUGGCAGGUGGACCAGAUGUUUUUGCUUUCCACCAUCACAUUCAUGGUUGACUUUGUUUUGGAUAACCGGACGGCACUCCUCUGAGCGUGUUGCCACCGAAGCACUUUAAAGUACACAAAAAUGUCCUUCGGAGGGUCAGUCCCUCUAUCAGGUCCAACUAAAUAUAGAUGCCAACAAUGCUGGCACUGUCCUGCCCUUGCCUGGUAACAGGACUAGGGUUGCCAGGUCUGUAGAGAGGGAUGCUGUGUGAUGAAUAGGAUUUAACUGAAGCUCCGAGUGCAAAAUCCUCCCCCCGUAGAAGAGCAGGAUUUUCAGCAGCAAAGUCAUGCUACAGGAUUAGACCAUGCUCAGUUCUGUCAGCUCGAAGUACUUACUGCAAUAUUUUUAGUCAGAUUGAUGGAAAGAACCAGGACCGUGAAGAGGAAGAAAGUAAUACACUCAUCCUCUCCGAGAUACUGGGCUGAAGUUUAUACUUGCUUUACUAGCCGCUGUUUAUGCUCACACUGCACUUUUGCAGUAGUUUGGUGCUCCGUGCUCCUUAAAAUACACUCAGUGCAAGUGUAUUUUAAGCUUGUAUAUCAUGUUGCUGUUUUUUUGAGUGGAAUGUGGAAAUUCAAUUGAUCACACUAGUCUGUGGUGUGUGAGGAACACAAGCUCACACAUGAGCGUGUCCUUUUUGUUUGUCAUGUGUUCACAUAAAGACACAUUUGGCACUUUACAGUCAGGAGACUAUUCAUAGUAUUCAUCAUCUGUAGCUGAGAGCAACCUCAAACCACUAUGGGACAACAUCUUUUUGUCCGUGAUAUCGACUUGACUCCAUUAAUCUUGUAAAACACUACCGCCUGAAACCCAGCAGUGUUGAUUGACCAUUCGUAUCAAGUGAGCUACUACUAAACUUUUUUUCUUUUGUUUUUUAAAUGUGUCAAAUUCACCCACUUGCUGUUUAUUGACCUCCGUAUGCCUCUUACCCUUUACGACCACUCAUGCAUGAGGCUAACCGGACUGCAGGUCCUGUACCAGAGAGUCCAUCUGGUGUUUUGGACCAAUAGGUUAGCAGUGUUACCUUUUUUUAGUUUUCUCAAUUCCUUGCAUUUGUGUGGCUCUUACAUUAGUGUUGCUGCUUCAUUGUGUCUUAAUUGUUGUUCUUUCACUGACCAACUUUAUUAUCACAAAUUGUCCUUGUGAGUACAAGCUAGUUGUAGUAGUUUAGUGUAAUGCUGCUUUUUUUGUCGUUUGGUUGUUCAAUUAUCAGGUUGUACAGCAAACUCCCUAAGUUUUACUCUUCCAAAACUCUUCUUACUUGAGAUUAUCAUUCUUUUAUUUUUUUUGCCGCAGGCUUGUCUCGUUAAAGUGCAAUGCAAAGUGCAAUACUUCUUCAAACGUGAGCUAGCUGCUUCAACAUUUACAGUAAAGCUAUGCAAUAACACGUCACAGUCUGUUUCCUCAGUCAGAAAUGCUGCGAUGCUGUUUAUUGUUGUGUAAUGUGUUUGAAUUUCCUCAAGGUGGUUGGCAUACCAACCUCCAUACCACAGCACUUUUUUUUUUAUUUUUUGGAACCUCCUGGAAACCUCAAAAGCGUCAAUGCGUUGAUGCGACUGACCUCAAUACUAAUUUGAUUAAUCAGUUAGAUCUUCUAAAUGUAUUGUUAAAGUUUCAAAACUGAACCAAAUACUGCAGCCAGAGUCUUGUAACAGAUGUGUUGUUCUUGCCGUUUAGUGUUUGCUGGUAUCAGUGCAGGUGCUAGUCAGUGCCAUAGCUUGUCUGCACUUCAUAUGCAAAUUGCUCUGCACUGUAAAAUGUAAUUCUGAUGUAGAAUAUAAUUAGCCUUUAAAAAACAAAAAAAACAAAGCCAUAGACUGGAAACAAAGUUGUCUUAAAUUCUUUUAUUCUAAACUCCACAAGUGCAAACCUGUGAAUAAAAAAAUAAAAAAGAAUGUAUAUUAAACAUAUGAUUCAUGUAGAUAUUUUUACUUUCAGAUUUGUUAAUUUGAUUGAUUUGACUGCAUUUUCUUUGCAGGUUUCAUGCUACAGAGUUGUCUGAAAUGCCACAAGUAGGCUGGUUUCUUCCUGUGUUGAUUUUGUAUCUAAAUAAAUAUAUUCUCCCAUGAA